CCCUCAAAGGUAAGCUCUCAAUUUGUUUACUACUCAAUUACUCACAAUUCUUCAAAGUUUUAAAGAUUUGUACGUGACCGGGUUUUAAGCGGGGUCUGAAUGGGGCAUGUAUAGGCGAAUGGGAAUAUUCUGCAGCAAAGAAUUAGACGAAGAAAAUGGAGAUAUCAUGCUAUAUCCCAAAAUCGAGAGAGGAAAGACUUCAUACAUCAAAAAGGACGGCAAAAAGGUCAAACUAAAGAAGAUAGAAACUUUCUUGAAGAAAAAGAAGACACAACACCUUAGUAAAGCUUCAAAUCCAUCUCGUAAGUCCCUUACUCAGACGAUGGCAAUCUUAAAAUAAGACUAGCAGCAGAAAACUCCCUGAGUAUCAAGAAGAAGAGAAUGAAUCAGUCUCAGAAGAGCAAGAUGCUGAAAAUGACUCUGAAAGUUCAGACAACCAAGAGGGGACCAGGUCAAACACUCCUCCAAUAACCAAAGUGGAAGAGCAUAAGAGAGAGAAGCUUUCAGAUACCAAGAUCGCCUUCGGAAAUACCGAAGUGGAGUACUCUGGAGAAGUCGAUCCCAAUACAGGUAAAAUGGAUGGAAUUGGAGAAAUCCUUUUCCCCACUGGCGCCUUAUAUAAGGGAAAGAUCGUCCAAGACAAGUGCGAAGGAAAGGGAAAACUAAAGCUGCCAGGAGGCGGUGUCUAUGAAGGAAUGUUCCAUCAGAACAAAUUCCACGGAAAAGGGAGAUUUACUAAGAAGGAAGGUGGAUUUUACUUUGGAGAUUGGGUAAAAAGUCACAAGCAUGGCAAAGGAAAAGAGAUAGCUCCAGAUGGGAGCAAAUAUGACGGCCAAUUCGAACAUGGAAAGUAUAAUGGUAAAGGUGAACUUAGGUUCGGAAAUGGAAUAAUUUAUGUUGGAGAGUUCAGAGACGGCAAGCUUCAUGGUCACGGAACAAUCUCGCAACCAGAUGGAACUGAGGUGACUGCCAUUUUCAAAAAUGAUGAGAUGGUAUCCCAAAUCAGUCUCAAGAAGAACACUGAUGUCAGUUAA